UUUUGUUUGACAUAUUUUUAAGUGAAAAUUCGGAGUCUCACCAUCACUUUGUUACAAUGGAAUGGCCCUCCUACUCUGCAGUCUGUGCAUUAUAAUGAAAUCUCUGGUCCCGCCGGUGAUUGGCUACAUCGGUCACAGGGCUGGAUCACGUGGGUGAGUUCUUUGGUCCUGGGGAAAAUGGGGUUUGGUGUAAAUCCAGGGUGUAUUGCUGUCAUAUAUCACACUACCUCGUAAAAACGACACUGAAGAUUCUGGCCCAACAAAUCACAGAGAAAAAAAUAUGAGUUCUUAUUAUGUGGAUGGUCUUUUUAACAAAUAUACGGCGAGCGGUUCUUUCUUCCCAAACGCAGACCUAGGUUCGUGCACUCUUGUACCCGAUGGAGAAGGACCCGCAUCUGCUCACAACGCCGCAGCCCCUGCCUUCCCACCGUCCCUGUCCGGACUUUACAACGUGAACAAUGCAAUCUACCAGAGCCACCCGAUGUUUAGCCCUGGUUAUGGCCAGGGGCCGGACAUUCGCAGUCUGCACUGCAGCUCCUUCGACCAGAGUCGUCUGUUCGGGGACAGCUGUGUCCAGCCGGGGCCCCUCACCUCGCCAGAGGACAAUCACUACCGGAUGUACCCCUGGAUGAAAACAUCAGAUCCAAACCGAAAGCGUGGACGUCAGACCUACUCCCGGUACCAGACACUGGAGAUGGAGAAAGAAUUCCACUUCAACCGGUACCUGACCCGUCGUAGGCGCGUGGAGAUAGCACAAGUGCUCUGCCUGACCGAGCGCCAAAUCAAAAUCUGGUUCCAGAACCGGAGGAUGAAAUGGAAGAAAGAUCACAAGGACGAGUCCUCAAGCUCGACCCCCGGUGCCACCAGCGAGGACGUAAACGAGGAUGAUGACAGUGAUCCGGUAACCGACGGACAGUCCAAGGCCGAGGACGCCGAGGACGGAGAUUCCCAGUCCACCCGUGUGGCGUCAGAAACCCCUGCAAGAGGAGAUGGAGGCGAUUAGAAACACUCCAUAAAUGUUCAUAUUGGUCACUAAGGAAAUGUUCAUAUUGGUCACUAAGGAAAUGUUCUAGAUGCAGACUGUCACAGAAUCGAUACACUCUGUUCGAUCAGAGCUUAGAAGCCUGAUUGAGGAAACGACUUGCAGGGCUGAAAUUGAGACGCACUAAUUUAAUAUAUACAAGCUAGUGAAAACACUGGCUAUAGCUAUAAAAAUGAAUAUAGCUAAAGGAAGAUGAAAGGGAACGGAUACUACCUAUUUACUCUACGCUAUUACUAUGAAAACUCAAUUUGAUCCUUGAAUGUAGAACAAGUCUACUAUAAAUGUUAUACAAUAUUUAAUGUUAAUCGUUGGGAACUAUUAGAUAUUUUACUACUGAAAUAACAUUCCUGAACAGAGAACUACCUAUGGCGACAGUUGCAUUCAUGCAAAGAAUUUACCUCCAGUUUCAAUUGACUUCGAGGAACCUUUUUCGCACUCUUUUUGUCUCUAUUUCAAAGCGAAAUAAAUGCAAAUGUUGAAUCAUCUGGUGAA